AAAGCCUUGCCAGCGAUGACAGCCAUGCCCGAUGAGUAGUUGCUGGUCCUCCAGAGCACUUGCUCUAAUUUUUAUUUUAUUAUACAACAGCAUUCGUCACAUUUAGCAGGUUUGCAUGCUGCACUUGCUGUAGAUGUGCAAGCACAUCUCACCAGUAUCCCAUUCACUGGUUUCCUCAUUUGCUGGGUACGACGUACGAGCAAGGGAUCUGGAACACAUUACACUUUCGAAGCUGGCUGCUAUUGAGCGCUCGAAUUGAGCAUUGUCUCUCCUCAUGCCGACCACGAACCCGAUCGCCCUCUCUCGCUAUCGACCUGCGAUCCUAGUUGUCACAGGUGCAGCAGCAGCAUAUACGGCCUACCUCCUUUAUAGCAGUGUCCUUGCCCAAGAUUCAUCGACGACCGAUACCUCACUCCAUAGGAGCAACGCUAUCCGAAGGCCUCCGCAGCGACCUAGAAGCGCGCAUAUUGUCUCACAAAUCGAACAAAUCGAGGACGAGGGCCAGCCGCUUGGGGCAAUUGACUUCUUCGGGGCCCAAAUAGAACUCAACACACGUCAUUUAUGCACCCCAGACGAGCUGCGCUUGCUCGCCAGCGAAAUUCAUCCUGAAGCCAGCCGCGAGCAGGUAGAAUACCAGAUUGAACAGCUCUACGAUGUUUGCCUGGAUCGCAUCCUUGGCAUUGUAUUUCACAAUGGUCCCCUUACCACAGCUGAUACAGACGCCGUAUCUGACGCACUCCUCAACAUCGUACCCAACGACCGACUUGUAACGCAGGCACUCGAAAGAUACAGUAGUAACGGUGGCGCUGGAAAUAGGACUAAUAUAAGCGCAAUGGACCCAUCUGGGUUGGGCGAUCGAGAAAGCUUGCCUGCGACUGAGCUGGAAUGGCAGAGCGACGGCCUCUCCGACGAUGAGCUUGAUGAUCAUGAGCAGACACUGCAAAGAACGUUAUACCAUAUUGCUGAGGACCGCGCAAGGCAGGAAGGAGUCAUUCAUCGGGGCAUAACAUGCAACGGAUGCGACACGAAACCGAUUCGUGGUAUCCGGUGGCACUGUGCGAAUUGCAAUGACUUCGACCUGUGCUCUGACUGCAAAGCGACCAAUUCGCACAUCAAAACACAUAUCUUUUACGAGGUCCGGAUUCCAUUACCAAAUCUUGGGCUACCGAAGCAGGACGCGAUGUACCCUGGGCGGCCGCAUUUGAUGAGCUUAUCUGUGACCUCUGCACUUAAGAAACGUUUAGUUGAACAAACUGGGAAAGACUAUGAGGAAAUUGAAGCAUUAUGGGAUACAUUCACUUGUCUGGCAAGCGUAGAAUGGGAGGAAGACCCAAACAAGAUUGGCUGGGCGAUUGAUCGGCGUGGAUUCAAUCAGGCCUUCAUCCCGCGAUACUCCUCUUUCAUGUCUGCGCCAAACCUGGUCUACGAUCGUAUCUUUGCAUACUACGAUUCAGAUCGCAACGGACGAAUCGGGUUCGAAGAAUUCGUGCUGGGACUUGCUGGCCUCCAUUCUCGUGACACAACCAUCAAAUCAAGAAUUGUUUUUAAUGGAUACGACAUGGAUGGCGACGGCUAUAUAUCUCGCAAGGAUGUCCUUCGAAUUUUCAGAGCUUUCUAUGCUAUCGAGAGAGAGGCAACCCGUAACUACUUAUCUGAAAAUGCAGAAGAGCUCUCAUUAUCGGGCGGCUUUGAUACAAUACACUCGAGCCAGCCACUAGGGUCCGCAUUCACUCGCAAUGGCAUACCGGAUCCACGGCCCCAGCAACGACAGAACAAGGUUCCAGAUGAUGAAGUUGGGUCUGGGCCAAUUCUAGGCGAGGACAUGGAUGACACUGAAGAUCGUGAGGAGAUUAUACGGCUCACAGCUCCAGGCACGAAUGUUGGUCGCAGAACAAACGCCAGGGAGGAUGAGGCUGUAAGCGAGCGCUGGUUACGACGCCGAUUCUACAUUGAUGAAGAGGAAGGUUUUCAUCGCCCUUCUGGUGUUGGAGAGUCGGACCCGCUCGGUGACGAGGAUGAAGCUGCAGAGCCUACCGCAUCGCCUACCCCAGACCCAGGGCGCACUCUAGGUUCGCGUUCCUCUUCAAGAGUGCGGUUCCAAGAUGACGUUGACUUCGAGAUUCGCUCAAAUGCUUCUACAUCCUCUCGCCCGGUUGGUGAACGCUGGGGUGGAUUCGAGAUACCCAAACCUGAAAAGGACCUUGGCAAAGACAUUCUCUACCAAAUCACUCAACAAGGCUUCAACGAACUCCUUAACUCGAUGUUUCAAGAGAAGGAAGAUAACGCAUUAGACGCGGUUGCCACACGGCCCAAACGUCGGACAUUAGUCACCCAGAUUGAUCAGGUGACGAAAGAGUUUCACGAAGAAGAUGUCUUGAACAAAGCGAUGUACUACCUUGGAGUCUUUAGGUACUCUAAAUUCAUCUUGAUGCGCCUUACAGAAGACCAAGAUUCUAUCGGUCCAUUGAUAGAAGACCUGAUUUCCUUGGAUCUGUAUCAAGACGAAGUCGAAGAGCACCUCUCAGAGAUUAUCUUGGAUCUAGAGGAGGCUGUGGUGGAAUUUUUCAAUAAGCUGCCGGGCACCUAUAAGAAAGAGGCAACGCCUUGGGACUUGUGGAAAGCAAAGCUUCUCAGAAUGCAGCUCCACCGCGAGAUUGUAGAUGCGUUUAUUGAGCUAGCAAUCGGACAAGGAUGGUUGUCAUCAACCCCAUCAUCCUCCGCCGCAUCAGUGUGCGCUGAGGUUCACGAUCAUUCUUAUCAGACGGAACCCUUGCCUUACCGGGACCCCACGAUGCCCCAGUUCCGACCAAACUCCUUAGAAGAUCUGCCAACCACGCAGGCGCCAAUGUCGGGCAGCAGUGAUUGUGACGACAGCGUCACAAGCUCUAUGUUGGACGUCACACGAGACGAAUUUAAUGAGGUCACAUACAUACAUUAUUCUCACCGCCGCGGUCCAUUCUUCAUAAUUGCUGCCCCCGGCUUCGAAAAUGGAUCCUCAAGUGGGGAAUCUACGCCCCCUGGUCAGCCAGUGUCUCUUCGCACCGCCCAGGAUGGAUCAGAGUUUAUCCAGGUGCACAGUAGUACUGGAGAGGACACACUGAUGGAUGCCGAAGCUUUCCAUAACAGAGAGCAGCCACCACCUCCUGAUGAACCAACAAACACGGAAGAGGGAACGCCCUUAGACGCCCAAUUCGCUGACGAGCCAUGCAUCUUCUUACUUUCGAUCGCACCCGACAAUUCCGGACUUGACAUCGAUAUCCGCGCCGCAUCACAUUGCAUGCCGUGGGAACAAGAAAACACACAGAAGCCUUUGGAAAACAAGAUCCGCGUCGAGGCGCUCAACGAGGAUUCACCCCUGCACCUUACCCUACUCGCAAGCAUGCAGACGGUCGAGGACGAGAUAAAUGAGAGGAAGGGUAUGGGCUUGCUCAGCUACGAGGAGUUCGAAUACGUCUUGACCGAGUGUGGAAGCAUGCGAUUCCUGGAGGCAUGGCUGGAUUGGGUCAGUUUCUAAGGAAGGAGAGAGAGGGGAGAGAUUUCAAGGUAUGAGAGACAACUCUCGGAACCUGUCCAUUAUUUCUUGUACGAGGGUAGCUUUCUUUUUCUAGCUUUUAUCACAUUGGUAAGGGUGCUUUUGUAGUGCUAGCAUGUAGAUGAUACCCAGCAGCGAAAGUGCUUAUUGCUUUCCUAAUCAAUUUCGG